UUUGAUUUAAGCAAUCCCACCAUAACUCAUAAACCCGGUUCAAAGUCCACAUUAUUUAAAGUAAGAACGGGCCGUAAACAACCCAAUAAACCCAAUUUCAUUCAUGUUCUUCUUCACUUGUUCGAUCAAUCGACGCCAUAGAUAGAGAAGAGAAAUUUAGUUGAAGCAAUGUCGAAAUCAAGUGAAGAAGGUGACCGUCCGGCGAAUCUAUCGCACACAUUUAAGUACUUGCUCGCUACUCAAUUUUUAUCAAGGGGAAUACCGUUCAUAUUCAACUCUUGGAUCGUUCGACAUCUAACUGAAGAAGAUUAUGCGUUGUAUGCUGUACAAUUUCACUUGUUCAUUACUUGUGUGCUUUUUCUUAGUCGAGAGGGCUUCAGAAGAGCAUGCAUGAGGGCAGACAUUUAUAGUGGUGGAUCAUCAGGGAGAGGAAAUGCAGCAAAACUCUUGAAAGUAGCAUGGAUGACUCUCCCUUUGGGAAUAAUUAUCACAUUUGCAGGAUGUAUUUUUGUUUUAUGGUGGCAAGAACUAAGUUAUUUUAGUCAAUUUGCACAGGCUAUAUGGAUAAAUGGUUUUGCAUGUAUAUUGGAGCUACUGGCUGAACCCUUUUACAUCUUAUCUCAGAAUUUGCUUCUCCUCAAGUUGCGUCUGGUAGUUGAAAGUGUAGCUACCCUUUCACGUUGUAUAACUACUUACAUCCUCAUUGUAAAUCUACCUGGCAUGGAGAAAGCAAUCGCAUUUGCCUUGUCACAAGUCGCGUUUGGAGCUUGUGUGUUCUUUGGCUAUUGGGGCUACUUUCUUCUUUUCCACGUGUAUAGCUGUUCUGAUCUCUUCCCUUUUAGUGUAGGAAGUGGAGGCAUUGAUGAACAACUUUCAAAAAUGUGUAUGUUGUUUACCUUUCAAUCUUUCCGCAAGUUGAUUCUUCAAGAAGGAGAAAAGAUGGUUCUUGUAUGGUUGGACACACCAUAUAAUCAAGCAGUAUAUGGGCUUGUAGAUAAACUAGGCAGCUUAGUGGUUAGGCUGGUGUUUCUCCCAUUUGAAGAAAGUUCAUAUGCUACAUUUGCAAGGUCUGCAUCAGGUGAACAGACUCAGAAGCAAAAGAAACUGGGAAAAAGUUUGACCGAAGCGUUGAAACUUGUUUUAUUAAUAGGUUUGGUAGUCAUGGCCUUUGGCCCUAGCUAUUCGUACUCUCUCAUUAGGUUGCUGUAUGGUCGCAAGUGGAGCGACGGAGAAGCCUCAACAGCUCUACGAUACUAUUGCCUCUAUGUAAUUCUGUUGGCCAUGAAUGGAACAUCAGAAGCAUUUUUGCAUGCAGUCGCAAAUGAGAUUCAACUCAAGCGCUCAAAUGAUUCCUUGCUUGUGUUCUCAUUGAUUUAUUUGGUGUUGAAUGUGUCUCUUAUACAUUCAGCUGGUGCUAUUGGGUUGAUUUUAGCUAAUUCUUUGAAUAUGGCUCUUAGGAUCACUUACUCAGCAGUAUUCAUCAGGAACUAUUUCCAGGAUUCAUCCUCAUUUUCCUUUCGCAGAUGUCUGCCUUCCGGUUGGACCUUUCUACUUUUUUCUGGAAUAGUCACUCUAGUUUCAGAAAAGAUAUUUCUGGAUCCGGAUGACUUCUGGAGAACAUUUAGCAUUCACUUCUUAGUGGGCAUAACCAGUUUCAUGCUAGCAGCCUUUAUCAUCUAUCGUCGCGAGAGGACCUUUAUCAAUAAUAUCAUACGUUUCCGGGAGCAUGCUGACUGAAGAAGAAAGUCCCACUCCAGUCAAAGCAGCAACUUAUAAGGGGUGCUCGAUGCCUUUAAAAAUGAGGUAUACGCUUUAAGCCCGAGAAAAACUUACCCGCACCGAGACUUUACACCAAGCCAAUACAUGCCUGUUAUGUGUUUAAAUCGAAGGGCCUAUUUGUUUCAUUAAUAAUAAAAUUAUUGUAGGCAUUUUUUAACAAGAUGAAACAUAUUAUAUUUUUAAAUUUAUUUGUCUUUUUUUU